UAACCACCAGAGAGACUUAGAUAGAUAGAUAACAAGAUAGAGAGAUAGAGAGACACACCCCCUUCCCCCUUCUUGAAUAAACAAAGAAACAUUUUCUUUCUUUCCAUUGAUGCUAUAUCCAAUUCUCUGGAUCUUUAAAGAAACUUCGAAUCUUGGGUUUGCUUCUUCUCGUUGCGAGUCUCUCAAAGUUCCGAUUUUUCCUUAAAAAGGAUUAAACUUUUUUGUUUUGGGUUCCGAGUUAAUAAAAACAAAAAUCUAAGCUUUGGCCUUCAAUGGUGGCUAUGCUUCAAGAAGAUAAUGGAACAUCCUCUGUAGCUUCAUCACCACUUCAAGUCUUCUCAACUAUGUCACUCAACAGACCCACUCUCCUCGCUUCUUCAUCGCCGUUCCACUGUCUCAAAGACCUCAAACCAGAGGAGCGUGGCCUCUACUUGAUCCACCUCUUGCUAACUUGCGCCAACCACGUGGCCUCAGGUAGCCUCCAAAACGCUAACGCAGCGCUCGAGCAGCUCUCUCACCUCGCUUCUCCUGACGGCGACACGAUGCAGCGGAUCGCUGCUUACUUCACCGAAGCUCUCGCUAACAGGAUCCUUAAGUCCUGGCCUGGUCUCUACAAGGCUCUUAACGCAACUCAGACAAGGACCAACAAUGUCUCUGAAGAGAUUCAUGUUAGGAGACUCUUCUUUGAGAUGUUCCCGAUACUCAAAGUCUCUUACUUGCUCACUAAUCGAGCUAUACUCGAGGCUAUGGAAGGAGAGAAGAUGGUUCAUGUGAUCGAUUUCGAUGCUUCUGAGCCGGCUCAAUGGCUUGCUUUGAUUCAAGCUUUCAACUCUAGGCCUGAAGGUCCACCGCAUUUGAGAAUCACUGGUGUUCAUCACCAGAAGGAAGUGCUUGAUCAAAUGGCUCACAGACUCAUUGAGGAAGCAGAGAAACUUGAUAUCCCGUUUCAGUUUAAUCCAGUUGUGAGUAGAUUAGACUGUUUAAACGUGGAACAGUUGCGGGUUAAAACAGGAGAGGCCUUAGCCGUUAGCUCGGUUCUUCAAUUGCAUACCUUCUUGGCCUCGGACGAUGAUCUCAUGAGGAAGAACUGCGCUUUACGGUUUCAGAACAACCCUAGUGGAAUUGACUUGCAGAGAGUUCUAAUGAUGAGUCAUGGCUCUACAGCUGAGGCACCUGAGAAUGAGAUAAGCAACAACAACGGGUACAGCCCGAGCGGUGACUCGGCUUCAUCUUUGCCUCUACUUAGUUCAGGAAGGACUGAUAGCUUCCUCAAUGCAAUUUGGGGUUUAUCCCCAAAGAUCAUGGUGGUCACUGAGCAAGACUCAGACCACAACGGCUCCACACUAAUGGAGAGGCUAUUAGAAUCACUCUACACCUACGCAGCAUUGUUUGAUUGCUUGGAAACAAAAGUUCCAAGAACGUCUCAAGAUAGGAUCAAAGUGGAGAAGAUGCUCUUUGGGGAGGAGAUCAAGAACAUCAUAGCCUGCGAGGGUUCCGAGAGAAGAGAAAGACACGAGAAGCUUGAAAAAUGGAGCCAGAGGAUCGAUUUGGCUGGUUUUGGGAACGUCCCUCUUAGCUAUUAUGCAAUGUUGCAGGCUAGGAGAUUGCUCCAGGGGUGCGGGUUUGAUGGAUAUAGGAUUAAAGAAGAGAGCGGGUGUGCAGUGAUUUGCUGGCAAGAUCGACCUCUAUACUCGGUAUCAGCUUGGAGAUGCAGGAAGUGAAAGAACAUGAAGGAUGUGUACACUUUGUGUUCUCUUUUGUUUACGAGCAGAGUCCCUUUCUUUUGUAUACAUAGGGACACAAUCUUAGUUGUAUUGUGAUUGUGACUUUCUGUCUCCUUAUGCUAUUUUGGCAAAUGCUUCCACUGCCUCUGCAUAUAAUGCUUUCUGCGUUUUCUCGGCGGUGUAUUUGUUUGUUGGUUCAUUUUGGUUUGAAAGCAAACCAAACCCCUGAUGAGCUGAGGAAUAACUAAAUUUCAAUUUCUUUA